CAAUUAUCAAAAGUGAUUAAUUAAUUAUGCAUGCAAUUUCUUUUAUGUAAUCUGAAACGGAUACCCGCAUGUUAUGUAUUCUCGCAUGGUGUUUAUUCGCUGGAUUCAUUAAACCGUAAAGAUCUAUAAAGAUCAAUUUUCUGAUCGACUAGAAUGGCGUCUAUAAAAAUUCCAGAACAGAAGGUUAUAUUGUGCGGUGAAUAUGGCGUUGGUAAAAGUUCUUUGUUUCGAAGAUUCGCCUUUAAUUUAUUCAUACCGUCUUCGGAUAAACAGUCGACGCUGGGUUUAGAUCAUUUUAACAAAGAAUAUAACGUUGGCGAUAAAUCAAUUAAAUUGCAACUUUGGGAUACAGGUGGCAUGGAGAGAGUAGCUUCUAUUACAUCCAGUUAUUACAAAUUCGCCGAGGCAGCUAUUUUGGUGUUUUCUUUGGAUAAUGCAGCUUCAUUUCAUGUUCUUUCGCAGCAUUUGUUAGACGUUGUUACGUACGCAGAGAACGCGAAAAUAUUUCUUUGCGGUAAUAAAGAAGAUCUGGAAGGAUCGAUGCCCCAAGUAACUCCUGCUGAUUUGGAAUCAUUUUGCGAACAGUGCCAUAAUUUGAUAAGUGCAACGUACAAGACAUCUUGCAGAACUGGAGAAGGCGUAGAAGAAAUGUUCACCGAUAUUGCGCAGCAUUUAGUGCAGUCAAACAGAUCACGAUUGGAAUUGCAGAAUUUCAACAGAGAUUCGUUCAAAAUAUAUAAAACUAACGAAGAACCAACUGAAGAUUCAUGCUCAUGUUAAAUUUUAAAAAGUUACCAAGACGUUUGUACUGUUACCCCAAAAUAAUCAAUUAUUCGAGAUGUACUUGCUCUGGAAUGUGUUCGUGGAUUUUAAUUACGUAUUUAUGUUGGAAUGGUUGGUUGUGACGAGAAGUUCAGUUUUUUAAAUGUUUCAUUAUUUGAAAGUGGAGCCAGUAUUUCUAACUUUUGUAUUAAUUACCUAGUUUAACAUUCUUGUAAAAACUUAAUUUUCAUCAUCAGUGUUCGUUGUAAUUUUAAUAUUUCUUUUUAGCUGAUUUUUUCGGAUCAAAAAUAACUUUCGUUUUUAAAUAUGUAAUAGCAUAUAGUUCAACUUACAACAUACCUACCUACUUACGUGGUUGUUCGUUUUGAUUAAUUUUUGUCAAAUUUUACAAUCUAAUGAUUCAUCGAAUACUUUCACUAAACUUUUACUGCCAAUAGAGGUGUGAAAUAUUGUUUUAAAAAAUUUUUUAAUUGAAUAAUUUUUUACAUGAAGAAAAGAAAACGAUUUGUUUAAGGCGAAUGGUAAAUUUAAUCAAAGUUUACUAAACCUUCAAUUUUUUCUUUUCAUUUUAUUCUCUUUAUUGUGUGGUUGGAUUUUAAUUAUAUAGUAAAUCAUAUGUUCGAUGUUGAAUAUUUUCACGAGCCGAUUUUGUGUUAAUUUUUGCAUUUAAGUACCUACGUAAUGUUCAUUGUUAUUUCUAUUAUGCUUCUUUUAAUAUAACUUGAAUUACUAA